AUGCCGCGACCUUCGCGCGAUUUCUACGGCGACCAAAAACCACCGUACUCGUAUAUUUCACUGACCGCUAUGGCGAUCUGGAGCUCCCCUGAACGUAUGCUGCCGCUGUCGGAUAUCUACCGGUUCAUCACGGACAGGUUCCCGUACUACCGGCGCAACACGCAGCGCUGGCAGAACUCGCUGCGGCACAACCUCUCCUUCAACGACUGCUUCGUGAAGGUCCCCCGUCACCCAGACAGGCCCGGGAAAGGAGCCUACUGGACACUGCAUCCACAGGCCUUCGACAUGUUCGAGAAUGGAUCGUUGCUCAGGAGACGAAAAAGAUUUAAGUUGCAGAAGAGAGAGAACGACUUAAAUGCAGAAUUAGCAGCACUAGUUCAUCUUAAUAGUAUAUUUACUACGGAACAAUCUAGAAUUACAGCAUCUUUAAAGCAAGUGUCGGAAACACCGUCUACAAAUUCUUAUUCAGAGUCAAUCGAUACAGCCAAACCGAAAAAAUCUUUUACUAUAGACAGUUUAUUAAGUGACAUUGCCGUGGAAAGAACUGACGCAGAUGUUAACAUGAAUGUUGCGUCGAUGAUAUCUUUUCAACAAGAGUUUUAUUCCAUGGCGGCGACAAUGUGUCAGAUGAUUCCUUUACAAGUUUCCAUGUUUGGACAUUUUCAGUUUGGUUCACCUCUUAAUACAAGUCUCCAGAACAUUUAUCGAUGCGCUUUGAUAAAGCCACGGAGGUAAUUAAUCUUUAUUGUUACCUAGAUGGUGUGGUAGAGCUAUAUUUAAUUUUAGUUUCAUAUUCUAAGAAUGAGAAAUUAAGUCGUGCUAAUAGUGAGUUUUGUUGAUUAUAUUAUAUAGAUACUUACCUAUUAAUUAAUAUCUAAUAGUAGGUAGGAUACCUAUC